AUGUCUGGGAAGCGUCGGCCAUCACCGACCAAAGUAAAGUCACCCUCCAAAGGAUACGAUAAUCCUUAUAGGAAUCGAAAUGGCGACGAAUUGGAUCAGUUCAGACAACGGAUGAAGAAUAUUGUGGAUUUGUAUUUUUAUAUGACAUUCCCCGACAUAAAUGGGUUGAACAGGCGGCCGAAGUAUCAGCCUUUUCGGAUGAAUAAUUUAUCCUAUAUCAGAGAUUGUGUUCCGAAGGGAAGAAAAGAGGUAAGCUUUUUACAUAUUAUUAUUACAGUUCUUGUGUUUAGAGAGAAGUGAAGGACAAAUCGCAUAGUAUUUCCCCGUUCAACGGACUUCCAUUGACUCAAUUUACCCCUUCGGUCGUCUUUUUAAGGAUCAAAAAUGAUCAGAUGGUUGAUUGUAAGAAGGCAUUUGUCCAUUGUUUCCAAGUCAGAGAAGUUGAUGGAGAAUAUUCGAGUACAGUAAGUCGGUCAAUUGUGUUGGGUGACGUUUGAUUUCAGCAAAAUAUUCCUGGCUCCGGGUUCGAAGCGUCAUUAAACACGGAAUUGAGGGUAAACAUUGACCUACUUGGUAUGAAACCGCUAAAAAUGGAGGAAAGCAGUGUAAAGUAGGUUAUAUAAAUUGUUAUUACAGUACUUUAGGAAUGAGUACCUGGUCAUUAAGGUAAAGUUCACGGUGGAUACAAUGAAUGUGAGUGGCGGAAGACGUCUUCGAUCAGUCCCCGCCAGGCUACAUGCUCACCUGGAGGAUAAAGGGAACGAAGGAGAGAGUAGGAUAAUGUUCGCCGUCAAGAAAGUGUCAACCAUGCUUAGAGAAUGGGAUGGACAUAAAGUCCGACAAGGAAAGAUGGUUCUGGCGUUAAUGUAAGUUAUUUUCAUCUUAUUUUUUUAUUGUUUUAGACCUCAAGAAAAGUUGGGAAUUGAUGGAGACAGUGUGGAUUGGCAGAGCGACAGAACCAUCGUUCCAAAAGUGUUGGCAGAAGCAAAGAAACCAACCCAACAUCCUAUUGUUACCAUCAAUAUUCAUGUCGACCCAAAAGGAGAUGCUCUUUCUGAGUCUGAUACGGAUGAGGAGAAUGAGGAAUGUAGCGAAGGUAGGUGUGAAGUUGAGAUGGGUUCCAUGGUUGCAGACGAUUCGGUUAUUCCCACGACCUCCAGAAAGUCAAAUAAAGUAAUAGAGCAGAAGGAAGAAGGGGUGUUCACAUCGAAGAAUACAGAUCCAUCAACCAUUUGGGUACAUGAAAAGGCUCCCGGGACCAUGGUAGGCACUCCCUUUGGACUCUUGGAUAUGGUAGAAGAUAAUCUCAGACCCAAAUGGCUGAACGCCCCAAUGCCGGAUGUUAUUGCAUGGUGUUUCCGGAUGACAGAUGGCCCUUAUGGACAAGAUGUGAGUGGUUUAGAUAUAACUUGAGGGAUUUUGAUAUCAGUAAAAAAGACUUUUUUAGACAAAAUUGUUUUCCAAUUCCGUGGAAGAAGCAAUAGCGGCGGCUGAAUCUGCGCCACCUGCAGAUGUCUUCCGGUUCACAAAUUCGGAGUGUUUUCUCUGCCAAUACAAGCGAAAGUUUAGAUAUCUAACAUCGUUUCUGUAUCACCUUUCCACUUGCCAUAGCCGGUUGACCUUCAAAUUCAAAGAGAAUCUAGUCCAAACUCCGGUAAAUUUAUCGCCGAAAAAGAAACGAAAGCCGGAUGGGGAUGAAGACUGGUGUCACGGUCUGAUCGUCUCUUUGAAUCACAAGUUUGAUGGCUCCCAUGAAUUCGACAUCACCCGUCAUUAUCGAAAGUACAACAGAAACACGAGUGCCGGCAGAUUGAGAAAGAUCACGAAUGCCUGGAAACAGCCACCAUGCUUCAUUAUUACCAAAAGUCUGGCUAGAAUGUUGAGAAGAACACCACCCGGAACAUCGAUUGAGAGUGUUAUGUUCAGCAGCAAGUUCAAUGAGUAAGCGGAGAAGGAAAGCAUUACUUUAAUUCUAGUGGGAAUUUUGGAGAGAACCAAAAGAUCAUCGAUCUCCACUUCCAAACAGCUCGGUAUGCCCAGGCACAUCAGCCAUACACAAUACAGAAUCAGCACAGGGUGUGUAAUUUUAUACUAUAAUGUUUGAAAGUUAAUAUUGGAACUUCUAGAUUGUGAAUUAAUGUUUUUUCAGAGAGUCCGAGAGUUUGUUGACCUAAAUGACAAUGAAAAAGAACUUCUGAUCCUGUUAAAUGACUUCUUCAGCUCAUUUAGAUGUCUCCAUUCACCGAGAAUGACAUAUGGAAUACAUGUAAGGUUUAAUAAUGUUUUAUUUAUGUGAUCCCAAUUGUAGAGAGUAAUGGUCCGAGAACUCCGCGAGAAAUUACUCGAAGCCCGUUACUACUUCCAGUUCAUUAUCCAUCUCUGCAAUCUGAAGAAGUUUGGCAGAAUCCACGAAGCGGAAUGGUAUGAUUUGGCUGCCAGAUUGAAGGAAGGAGUGGAUUAUGACCCGAGAAAGGACAAAAAGCAUUGUGUUUAUUCGAUGCUGACCCAUCUGGAAGAACAACGAUCGCAUCCUGAUGGAAUCCCGAGAAAGAGGAGACUAGAAUCGCCACCAAGAAGAUCUUGUGAUAUCAGCAAUGAUUUGCUAAGAGAGAGCACCGAACCGCCCCGACUAGCCCUGGAUCGUCUCAAAACAGAAAGUAAAACACAAUCAGAACCUCCAAAGAGCCCCCCAGUGGUUGCAUUGAACAAUCUCAAGAGGAAGUCAAUCGAAACCCCAGAAGAAAUACUCCUUAAAGCCAAGAUUAAAACGGACGGAAUUAAUUGUGGACAAAUAGCUUCGAAGGUUAAUGGAAGUUGUGAUGGGAGGAAUGGAGUUAACGCUAAUGAUAAUGGAGGCCCUUCUGUCCACACACAACCUAGACUCGACUUAUUGCCGCAUUCGCAGAGGACUCUGGACCGUGAUUCAGAUAAGUCGGCUCUUUCGGAUAGCACCAAUAAGAAUGUUCCGGUAGCGAGGAUAAGCCCAUUUGGAACAGAUAGAAAUGGAGAAGAUGGAAGUGGCAUCCAGAGGGAUGGAGAUGAUCGGUAUGGAUCGGAAGAACAUAGUAAAGCAACAGACGACAGUCAGAUGGAAGAUGAUUCUAGUCAAGAUACGAAGGCUUCAACCUCGGAAAGGAAUGAUGAAGAGGGAGAAAGAACCCUUCGGACCUUCAGAAACACGGAACAGAGAACAGCGAAUAGCAAUGCGAUUAGAAGAGCUCCAAGAAAAGAUCAAUUGGUCGUCAGAAGAGAAGCCACCCAGCCAUUGCAACCUCAUGAGAUUACAAUAAAUGCAUACGAAGAUUUGGAAAGACGAUAUCCGUUUGUGCAUCAAAGGAGGCUGAAGAUUAUCUGGCAUUUCAUCAAAGAAUACGACCGAGGUGUGAUUGAUUGGCAUUGA